GUGCGGCAUAGUUUCAUGAGAAAGAAGCCUGAUUAUAAAUGGCUUGACGUGCCCCGCAGUGUUUUUAUAGAAAAAAGAAGCCGUAAGCAGCUGGCCACGAAGGCUGCCCGCAAGAGCGCGCCGGCUACUGGCGGGGUGAAGAAGCCUCACCGCUACAGGCCCGGCACCGUGGCCCUGAGAGAGAUCCGCCGGUACCAGAAGUCGACGGAGUUGCUCAUCCGCAAGCUGCCCUUCCAGCGCCUGGUGCGAGAGAUCGCCCAAGACUUCAAGACCGACCUGCGCUUCCAGAGCUCGGCGGUCAUGGCCCUGCAGGAAGCCAGCGAGGCCUACCUGGUGGGUCUCUUCGAGGACACCAACCUGUGCGCCAUCCACGCCAAGCGUGUGACCAUCAUGCCCAAGGACAUUCAGCUCGCACGUCGCAUCCGUGGCGAGCGUGCGUAAGGAGGAUCCGAACAAGAUCGACAACCCCGGCCCUUUUCAGGGCCACUCACCUAUCCCAGAAAGAUCUAUAUCGUUCACGUUUCUUCAAACAACAGACAACACCAGAUAGAAAUAAAAAUACACCAUUGCACUUCUGCACUCACCAUCUCAUGCUU